AAGCCCUGGAAGACUUGGACUUCACCGACUUCUGAAAGAAUAAUUCUCGGAUAUGAAAGUGACGGUAUCGUUUGGAAAUGUGAAAAUUGUGGUUCCUUGUGGUCAGGGGAACAUUUCUAUCAAGGAGCUGUCGGAAAUGGCUGUCUUGAGGUAUCAAAAAUCCUUACACCAGGCAAGAAGCUUGGAGAAUUCCGCAACGGGUCUGCGCCGUACACGUGAUGACAAGCCAGAUUCCGGCGACUCUAUUGAUCCGGGAGUGCUGAGCACAGCGAAUGAGUUGGGAGUCUGUCAGGUGGACUCUUUGACCUUGGCACGUGAUGGAGGUCUGCUCGACUGGGAUGACAAAGUGAUUGAUGUCUUGGAUGACAGGGAAAUGCUCGUUGCGCACUACCACCUGAAGGAUUCCUCUUCAAGCACCAGUCUUUCAGACCACUCAAGCACCCGGUCGUUCACUCCGAACACAAAGACUCCAAUGCGCUACAUCGGUAAGCAGGAUUCUGCGGAAGCAUUCCAACAACAGCCGCCCACGCAGUUGGGUACCGCCUUCUCCUCCGAAUUCCGCAGUCCUUCUUUAACCCAUCAGGUCACUGAUGAAUCCACAACUUCUGAGACUCAACGGCUUCAUCCAGUCCCACCUCCAGUGCCCGUCACUCAACCAUCCACAGUCUUUCCUGGCUCUCAGCCAGCACCUCCCCCACCGAUGCGAUCCUUCAAACAGACCCUCUCUCCGCAAAUGUCUCAAGCAGUCCGACCCGAGCUUGGACAAACAACGGUGACCACAUUUCGA